CAGGCCAACAUGGCGUCGACACAAACCGUGAUGCUGCUGCUGCUGCUGCUAUGUUAUGCAUGGGCUCGUCCGGAAACCGCGGAGGGCAACGGCGGCGUGAGCGGGAUCCGCGAGCCGUGCUACAAGCCCACCAGGGACGGCAGACCCACGCGCGUCAAGACUUAUCCCAGACCCCACGAACACGCGGACGUGCCCGCGCUGCCUCCGUCGUGGGACUGGAGGGACGCGCACGGGAGGAAUUACGUGAGCACCACGCGCAACCAGCACAUCCCACAGUACUGCGGCUCGUGUUGGGCGAUGGGGGCGACCAGCGCGCUCGCAGACCGGAUCAACAUCAAGCGCAAAGGGGCGUGGCCGUCCGCCUACCUGUCGGUUCAGAACGUGAUUGACUGUGGCAGGGCGGGCUCUUGCUACGGGGGAGACCACCUCGGCGUGUACGCCUACGCCCAUGAAAAAGGCAUCCCCGACGAGACCUGCAACAACUACCAGGCCAAGAAUCAAAGGUGUGAGCUGUUUAAUCAGUGUGGCACGUGCUCCUCCUUUGACUCCUGUGGCGUUGUGAAGAACUACACACUGUGGAGAGUGGGGGACUACGGGGAGGUGGCAGGCAGGGAAAAGAUGAAAGCUGAGAUUUACACCAAUGGACCCAUCAGUUGCGGCGUGAUGGCCACGGCUGGCUUGGAGGCGUACUCCGGUGGCAUCUUCGCAGAGUUUCAUCCCAUUUCUGUGAUGAACCACAUCAUCUCCGUAGCUGGCUGGGGUGUGUCCCAGGACGGGACGGAGUACUGGAUUGUCAGGAACUCCUGGGGAGAGUUUUGGGGGGAACAUGGUUGGGCAAGAAUAGUCACAAGUGCCUAUAAGGGAGGAAAGGGCAACUGGUACAACCUGGCUAUUGAGAAAAGCUGUGCAUAUGGAGAUCCCAUCGUCCCGUAGGAGGGUCAUUCAUCACACCGAGAUAGUGUCAGCACAGCCGGUGAUCACGUGGAAGUAAGGGGUUGAGGUCCAAAGGAGUUGAAUCAAG